UCGAUAGGGUGGCCUGUGGAAAACGUAAGGAAAGAAGGUCUCGGGCAACACAAAAUGGGUUAACGGUAGGCGUGGACGCAACGCGUGUUCACGCCUCCGGGGGCUGAACCGCCUGGAUGCUUGGUUCAAGCGUGCACUCCGGGAAAAAAAGCUGUUUGCUUGCCCAUCUCCCUCAAAGCAGGCAUGACCAAAUUGGGGGGUUGCAGUAGUAGCGGCUCUGGAAUUUAUUAGCUAAAGAGAGACGUUUGUUUUGCCCUCAGGACACAAACUCUCACUUUGGUUUUGUUUUCCACCUCAUUCAACUUAAUUAGUACGAGGAGGAUUCCGUUAUUUUUUCGUGGUGUGGAGUACAUUGAAUCUAACGCAAUUUCUGGACUAAGAUAAACAUUUUGUGAGGAGCCACAAUCAUAUACUUUGCCAGGAUGAAUAUUCGAAAAGAUUUGGAGAAGUACCAUGAAACCCAGUGAGCUCAUGAAAAGAGAAGAGGCCAGGAAACCAAGAAAGAACUGACUCUGGAUCAGCUUAUCUUGGAGAGAUCAGAGAAAUCUGUACAGGGGAUCGGGCAGGCUGGAAGGAAGAAGCAAGGCCAUGGAGGGGGACUGUCUGAGCUGCAUCAAGUACCUCAUGUUCGUCUUCAACUUUUUCAUCUUUCUUGGGGGCUCCUUCUUGUUGGGGGUGGGCAUCUGGGUGCUAGUGGACCCCACGGGAUUCCAAGAGAUUGUGGCUGCCAACCCCCUGCUCUUCAUAGGCGCCUACGUCAUCCUGGCCAUGGGUGCCAUGCUCUUCCUGCUGGGGUUCCUGGGAUGCUGUGGGGCGAUCCGGGAGAACAAGUGUCUACUUCUCUUCUUCUUCAUGCUAAUUCUCAUCAUAUUCCUCGCAGAGCUGGCAGCUGCCAUUCUUGCCUUCAUAUUCAGAGACCACCUAACGAGAGAGUACUUUACAGAAGAGCUGAAGACGCACUAUCAGGGCUACAACAACACUGACGUCUUCACUGCCACGUGGAAUGCCAUUAUGACCACGUUUGACUGCUGUGGAGUGAACGGUCCUGAUGAUUUUGAGAAUGGCCUCUUCAGGAACAUCAAUCCCAAUGAUGUGGUCCCAGAGGCCUGCUGCCAGAGGAACAGUCAAUCCACAGACGAGACCUAUAUCAGCUUAGAGGAGUGCCUCAUGGGUAGCCUGCUGUUCCGCAACAACAAGGGGUGUUACACCGCAGUUGUGGACUACUUUGAGACAUAUAUUUACCUUGCUGGAGCACUGGCCAUCGUGGUGUUGACAAUUGAGCUUUUUGCCAUGGUGUUUGCGAUGUGCUUGUUUCGUGGAAUCCAGUAGAUGGCACUGUUGCAAAGGACUUGUUGAAAGGGAAAAUUGGAGGACGAUUGCUUGUAAAUUAAUUUUUUUUUAAAAAUUGGAAUAACCAAAAGGCUUGUACUUCAUGGCUGGAACGUUGAGGUACAGGGCAUGAUUAAAUGGGGGGAAAAAAAAGCUGGAGAGAAAAAUCAGAUCAAAUCGUGAUAUACUGUGGACCAGCUGAAGCCUGCUACUUCUGGAUUUCUGAAGCAGAGGAGGAGGAGGGCACUGCACUGACUUUGGGAUGAAGCAUAUUUAUAUUGAGGAAUGUUGGCGUAGUGGAUCAGGCCUAUGUGUUGAGAGUAUACCCUUGCUGUAUCCCCCAUCCCCCAGCUGGCUCUGGCAGAACCACACGCAGUCCGUUGCUAUUUAAAUCCCUGUUCAGAAAUUAUUCAACAGGCAACAGUGUGGCUGCCACCUAGCUUGAAAGCCAACCUAUGGUGCUUUUUUUGUAUUGUGUUGUUAAUUGCAAUAAUUAUUAUUAUGUGAUUUUAGCUGAACCUUAUCUGUAUGCAUUUGUAUUAGAAUCUAUAAGAGAUAUUAAUAAUAAAAAAAACAUGUUUCUGUAA